AUGGUUAGGAAAGCGACUGAUGCAGGGCUGUAUUCAGGGUUCAAAGUACCAGAGGAGGUGAACUAUAGUCUACUCCAGUUUGCAGACGACACAAUUAUUGUUGGGGACGGGAGCUGGUCAAACCUUUGGAAAAUAAAGGCGCUAGUUAGGGGUUUUAAAAUGGCUUCAGGGCUGAGAAUUAACUUCACUAAAAGCAAGAUUUAUGGAGUUGGUUGUGAAUCGUUUAUUUUGGAAGCUGCUGCGGCUUUUUUAGGGUGCAAAACAAGUAUUUUUCCCUUCAAAUUUUUGGGCUUUCUGGUAGGAGGAAACCAUAGACGAACCAGAUUUUGGAGAUCGGUGUUGGAGAAGAUGAAAGAUAAAUUAGGAUCAUGGAGAGGUAUGUUGCUAUCAAUAGGUGGGAGAGUCACCUUGUUAAAUAAUGUGCUGUCGAAUCUGCCGAGUUUUAGCUUAUCGUUUUACAAGGCUCCAAUCAAAGUCAUUAAUGAAAUUAGAAAGAUCCAAAGACAGUUUCUAUGGAAUGGAGUGGGUGACAGGAGGGGUAUUUCUUGGGUCAAAUGGGAUUCUAUUUGCAGAUCAAAAGAUAAGGGAGGUUUGGGGGUCAAAGAUGUGGCAACCUUCAAUCAAGCAUUAUUGAGCAAAUGGAUAUGGUAG